CACUGCAACCUUGGGGCUGCCGCCUGAUCCGCGGCACCCCGUGAACCUGCCGGUCCUGGGGACUCCCACCUCCUUGGGGCUGCUGUCCGGCUCACAGCACCCCUUUUGCAGCUGUCUUCAGCCGGUGCUUGUGAUCUCCUGGCGCCCGGCAUCCUAUUUCCAGCACGGGCACCCACUUCCGGGUUUUGCCCGUCGGCUGGCUGAUGAUGUCAUCUCCGGCGCGCCGGCCGUGCGCGAACGGCGUUGUGACGUCACUUCCGGCCACGCCGGAAGAGAAGGUGGAGGGCUCCUUGACCUUCCCGCCGUUCCGCCAUCUUGGAAAUGGCUGCCGGACGCAGCUGCAGCCCUCACCUGGGACCGGACAGCUCGGGGGGACGACACAAGGCUCGGCCCCACAUCCCCAGCCACUCCAUAUCGCCGGCGUCUUCUUCCUUCACGCCCUCCUCUUACCGGGCUGGGAGACAGUUGCGACGGCGGCCUUGAACGCCUGGCCCGCCAGCCCUCAUCCACUGGCCUUGCCUCUUCACCUGGGACACCGUCCAUGCCGGCCAACACCGCUGCUAAUGAGCCUGCACCAUGUGCAGCCCG